AGACGUCACUAAAAAGCAACACCUUAACUGCUGCAGCAUGACGAUGUAGUUGUUUUGAGUUUCACUACCUAGAAGAACGAGGAUGCUCUAAAAAUGUUGUAGCAGAAGUUGUCGUGAAUUUAUUAUUACCUUAGAUGUUGAUCGACAAAAUUACCAUGCAUAGGUAAAGAUAAACGAGAAUAAUGCAGCUGCUUACUCCUGGGAGCAUCACGCCUUGUAGUUUGGCUCUCUUUGUGUGUUUUUUUGUCGUUGUCCUAAGUCCACAAUGGGUUCGACUCACGUGCUACUUUUCUUUAAGGCUUCUUCUGCUCAAGCAUCUCUUCAAUAUCAUCACCUUCCAGAUCCUUGGUUCAGGUCCUUGUUUCAGACUUGAAAAAGAAGCCCUCUCCAGGUCAUGCUUCAAUCAAUCUCAAAGAGGAAGAUGCGGCAGCUCUAAUCUCUCUGCUGCUCGGAGACAGCACUCCCGGUGGAAAAAGGAGCACAUCAAUCGACUGGUGGCCCGUAGAAGGAAGUAAAAGAUGGGUAAUGCGGGAGAUAAGGCUCUGUACUUGUUGUCAUGUACUUGUUGUGAUGUGCUUGUUGUGAUGUUACGGCAGUCUCUAGAGGUUGGAGCACGCCGGGAGGAGGAAGCAGGAGAUCUGCAUCUAGAACUUUUUUUUUGAUGAACUAACUAUUUGUGAUGUACUUGUUGUGAUCAAGUAGUAUGUAUAGUAUAAAUAUGUUGUAAAAGAGCCAAGUAGGCCAACUUCUCUCUCAUUUUUUUGGUCGGACUAAUCUACGAAAUCGAUGCGACGGCUUGGCCCUGCCGUUAGCUAGAACUAAAUGGGACCACUCCAUCUUCACGACGAUGAGCGCUGUUUUUAAAUCGUAUUUGUAUUAAUAUUCUAAGAACCGGCUUUCUGAAAAAGCUCGAUCGGACGGAACUAGUAAAGAAAGUGGGCCCUGCCCGAUCAGUCGGCUGCUUGUGGCGGAAUCUUCUGUGGCUUCCAGGACAAGGGCAUCCAAAAUUAAGGUCGGAUCAUUUCUAAGGUUGACAAGAUUACUCGACUUUGUUUAGUAAAGUCUACCUUGAAUCACAGUGGUAGACUUUUGUGGAGUAUUCUUGGUAUUGGAAGUUAGGAAUUCUUGGUAUUCUUGCAGUUACUCUUAAUGUGGAGAACAGGUUCUUUCGUAUCUAAAAAAGAGGUUGUUGAAUAAAAAUAUAUUUCCUUUUGAACCUAUAAUGAAUUCGAUAGACUCAAAAUCGAGAUGCGAAGCAACCUCUUACGGCAGUUACGACUGGCUUUGGUCGCCACCCCCAGUGGCUAAAGAUUAUGGCAGGCGUCACGCGCUUUUUAUAGUGAUCAUUGAUUGGAGUGCGAGCCAGCGACCUCUGUAAAGAACCCGUCCUGCGUCUUGCGAAAAUUUCAGAUAGAAUUAAAUAGUGCCUCAUAUGCUACCUUACUUGUCGUGGUGACCGAUCCCCACGACCCCUCUUCACUUGCCAGCCAUAAAAUUCCUCUUGAAAAAUAGACUAUUAAUCAUCCAACGAGGACCGAUCACCUCCUUAAUACCGUCUUGCCUAGACACCCAGUAGGUCCUUACUCUAAUGUACGAAAAACUUCGACAAGGAUGUAAAAGAAGUAAAAGGAAUCACAAUGAUAAUGCAGCCGUUGUGGACGUUUAACGUUGGACAUGGCAUCUUCGAUGAGCUUUUCCCGGCGUUUGCAGGCUUUGCGAGGCUUCUGCGAUAUGGUAACUUGACGAAGAAAGUCUUAGAGGACAUGCAGGUUGAACAAGACGUGUAUGCUAGCGCUAUUUGGUAGCCUGAAUUUGAUCAUAAGUGAAAACAAGAAGAGAACCCUUGUGAUCCAAUUCAGGCUACCAAAUACCGGAACCAUUCAAGACGUAGCAAGGCGCGCGAGGCUAGGGCCAUCCACCUCCUAUUUGCGUCCUGAAGAUGCCUCUUUCAGUAUGCUGAUGUCUGAGGGGAGAAGCCAUGACGGGGGAACGGAUUUUCUCUAAGGCACUUGUCGGACUACAAUUACUUCAUAAAAAAUUAGGUAAGUCUAGGUAUAGGCAUAUUAGUGUUGGUAGUUGCACUUCAUUGUUUGAAGGCAGCUCUAGUACCCUCAAUCCAUCUUUAACCCUAUAUAUAAUAGAUCACGGUCUACCACCAUAAUAGGAAGCGGCACAUGCUGCAAGAGUGCGGAAAGAUGAUCUUCAUCCUCAAAACUGGAACUGCCCACAGGGAUCAUGAACUCGAGAGGCACAGAGAUGUACAGCUUUAAUUUCUAGCGGUUGAAUAUUUUCGACUAUUCACAUCUGCCUCUGGGUCUGGUCACUUACUUGCACCGGAUCGACAAGCUAAGAAAGUCUUACUGCGGUACGCCCAUGUGGGAUCUACUCAUCUCGGGCAACGAAGCAACGAACCUAGUGCUAAGGCUCACAACUUUUACACUGUACACGAUCCAAAGAUCUCUAGAAGUUCAUAGAUAUUAUCUUUGAUUUCAUUUUCUCUGUUUUCAGAAGACAUUUGAUACUUGCGGAGCUCUAAUGGUGGAACCAUGCUCGCAGAAAGUUGGGUUUUGCAAGCCUUUCGCAACCGGUUUUGGAAGGGAGCUAAGAUAAAGGUGGACCCUGGGAGAGCAUGUGUAGCAUUAUGGCUCCUGGUACCUCCUCCGCGAGGACUGAAGCACAUCCGCGAGGACUGAAGCUGUAUGUAUAAUUGAAGCAUGUGGAAGAUGUGCAUCUCGUGGUCCUUAAAAAUAUCUUAGAACUUGCUCCUAUCGUAGUCGCGUCAUAAUGAUGAUCCUUGUCCUUGAUGGUUCUUCAUCGUCUCUUUCUAGAAGGAAGACGCUCCUCCUUCCAGGAAUUCACUAGUGGCAAUAUUAACUGAGAAUAUUGUAUAUGCCAAAUAGGAAGUGCAGCAAACGAAAGUGCAGCAAAACGACGACCCAAGCGCAGUAGAAGCAGCUCUAAUGAAGGGAGCGACUAUGAAUGUAGUCAUCGUCUAUAACAAGAGGUACAAUUCAAGGGAGCGCUCAGCUUUAGAGCGUGUGGCAAGGGAAAUUCACGAACAAAAGCAGAGCGUUAAUAGUACAUCCAGCUUCAAAGCUAGAGUUAUGGUCCAAGUCCAUCUUUCACUUUCGCGACACUUUGUUCCUCUUUUUAGCAUCAUUAUUUACAGUGUCGCCCAUCUUUCUCGGCAUCUUGUUCCCCAUCUUUGUCGGCCUCGGCACUGUAAUAUCUGUAUAAGUAUUUAAUUGCCCUCAUGAAAAACAACGGGAAAUAAAGGCGGGUCGACCGCAAUGAAUCCACCCCUAAACCACAACUCUAAGCCAUCCUAAACCACCCUAAGUCACCCUAAACCACCCUAAACCACCCUAAGUCACCUUAAACCACCCUAAGAAUCCAAAAAAGCACCGACUCCUCUCUAAGAAAGCGAUAUACCUGGACUGGGGUCGUAUCAGAGAAGAAACCUUCGUAAAGCUCUCGGGCAUGUCGGUUUCGAAAGUAAAGGAAUACCUAGGCGUUUCUCCAGAAGAAGGCCUCAUUUGUAUGAACAAGGCAUCACAUUAGCUAUAAAGAGCAGCAGCAGGUAUCACCAUUAUAAUUGAUAUAUCGGGAAUGUGUGACAAUUCAUAAGCCAGGACGAGGCGGCUCGUCGGUCUACUUGAUGCUCUUAUAAAUAUAAAACACAUGCCCAGAAAGCGGGCCCAUCAAGGGCCCGCUGCGCUGGGCAUAGGUUAACAACUAGACAGAACGACAACGAAGAUACAGAAAGACAAACGAAAAAAGUCGCCAGUCUGCUCGCGGCCAAGGCGAAGGCUGGGAAGCUGGCCCCCCCUGUGGCGAAGCUAGUAAGGAGGCUACUGCUAUGCGUGGCUACUGCCUUGGCCAACUUGCCUCAAAGGAAGCCAAUGGGCGCCAAGGCUGGACUUUUGAGCGUCAAGAAGUCCAUGAGAAGGCCACGCGUGGGCAUAUGCAUGCGCAGAAGUUGGGCCUUUUUGAGUGUGAUCAUGUCCAAGAGAAUUCUAAGGCAGAGCAUAGCCAUGGCAAAAGGCCGACACUGGCGAGCAUCAUGAGGCCCAUGAGGGAGCCACACUCGGGCGCGUCGAUCUAUUCCGUCGCAGAAGCUGCGCCCCAACCUUCAAACACGGAGACGCAUCAGCCUGGCCCUCUCAUGGACAUGAUGACGCUCACCAGGGUCCACCCUUCAGACAUGCAAGGGCCCACGGCUAUCGUUCUCACAGACAUCGACAGCCUCAGCGUUUUCGGCUUUCAUUUGCGGAGGCAGAUGCAUAGGCUUGGCUUUCUCAUGGACAUGAUGACGCUCGCCAGGGUUCUCCUUUGAGAUGCGCAAGGGCUCGCGGCUAUCAUUCUCACAGACAUCGACCUCCCCAACGCUUUCAGCUUUCAAAUUACCACGGAGAUGCAUAAGCUUGGCCCUCUCAUAGGUGUGCUGACACUUACCAGGGUCCACCCUUCAGACAUGCAAGGGCCCAGCGCUAUCAUUCUCCCAGACAUCGAGGCCGACACCCUCAACGCUUUCAACUUUCAAGCGCGGAGCUGUAUGGCCUUUGCCUCCUUAUGGACAUGAUGCAGCCCACCAGGGUCCACCUUUCAAGCGUGAGCCUUUUGAGAUUGAGCGCGGUCAUGUCCAUGAGAAUUCUAAGGAGAAGACCCGGGGGACGUCGAUGCCUGUGGGGCGAAUAGGUCGGGGCCCCUCCAUAUCUGAAGGGCGGAGCCUCUUGAGCGUCAUCAUGUCCAUGAGAAGGCCAAGCCAGCCUGGACACCCCUGCGCGCUCGGUGUGUGCGGAAGGCAGUCGCGGAAGGGGAAGAAGCUAACUCUUUCCCUGAAACUUCUGGGGGGUCGUUCCGUUUUUUCUGUAUUUGAAUGACCUUCCUGAAGUUUUUGAAAAAAAAGGCGCUGGGUGAUAAGGGCAGCGGUUGGGAGUUCGUUGGGGCGAUUCGCUAGGGGUGGGCGCGUAGUGUGUCGGGGGGGAUCACGCUGGGGGCUGGCAAUUUGGGUGACAAAGUAGACCACUGGCAAGAAGCUCCAGGAAGUGCCUGGACUGUCAGGCAGAACACGCGUGAGGGCUUUGCUUCCUUGUGAGUCUUUGGAAAUCCCUUACGGGAGGGUCUACUAUUAACCAAAGGCUAUAACAGCUCUCCCUUAAGGAGCUUCUUUAAGGCAAACUUUCUCUCUUAAGGAGAGUUAUAGUAACUUUUUGUAAUAGUAUAGAAAUUCUUUAAAGAAAGCAAUUUCCUUAAGGAACGCACUUGAAGGAGUCCCUUGCUUAAGGAUUUCAGAAAAAAUCGCUAACCUUAUAAAUACUAUUAUAUAUUGUAAGCGAUCGAUCAAAUAAAGCUUGCCCUUGAGCUUGACGAGAAGUAUGAAGAUGGUGAUGAGAAGUAGCAGUGCAAGUGGUGGAUCUCUGUAUGCUCUUGAUCAAAGAUGCAAGUGCGACUUACCCUUAGAUUGCAAGCCCUGGUGCUGUUGAUCUUCGUUUCCUAUUUUGAUUAACCCUCAACAUUCUUGUCAACAUAAUUGUUCUAAAAGAUCCCGAACUAGAGCAAUAACGCAGCUUCGCUUGUUGGCUUUUGUCGACGUUUACGUGUCCGGUCCAGGGACGGGCUUACUUUAGGAAUCCAUGCAUUCACCAUGCAUUCAGUUUCUCCUUAUCCUUCCUUGCGCUUGGUGAAGGUGCUCAUGAUCCGCCUGGUUGAUGUGCUACCAGUUAUAUAUUAUCUAGAAGCAUGAGUUUGAGUAUCUAUGUGAAUGUUAUAAACCAAAGCCUUGUUCUUGACGUAUCUAUAUUUAACAGGGGCGCGGAUAUUCAUUUUCAUAUUGUCUAGGAUGUACUUCAAAUGGAAGUCCCCUAUAGCGUCUCUCUCUCUCUCUCUCUCUCUCUCCCUAAUAAAAACGUUUUGAAGUAGUUCAAAACCCUAAGGGCCUAGAGAGAGACACUAUAUAGGGCACAUGCACAUGACUGAGACCUACUCGAAGGCUGAGCAUUCUACCAUUGUCAUCUCCACAGUGUUGGAUUGGCAAGCUCUCAGGGACGAAGAGCAAAAGGGGUAGCAAUGCUUAGAAAUAGAAGAUAACUGGUCACCUUGUUCCUGGCAUCCUUCGAUGAACUCGAAGAUCGGAUUGGUUGGGUUGGAUUCUUUCCUUUUCGUUCUCUCUUCAUACAUAAGUCUCUCUUCUAUCAUAGCUGCUCCGAUCAUCUUCAUAAUAUAGGUUAGGCCUCUCCUCUGCGUCUGCUUCAUGAAGUCUGCCUCUGCUUCAUGAAGUCGAAUGAUUAGAUCAACCACCCGAUCGGUAUUCGCCGCAUUCAUAUCUCUGCUUCGCGAGAGUCUAUUCCUUCCCACUUCAUAGAGUGAAUCACGCUUUUCUUCGCGAUGGUGCUGUGACGGUAAAUCUUGGGGAGAUGGGGGAGAUGUUGCACCUCGGAGGGAAAAAGAAGUGGCGGCCUAAAAUGUACAUGGAAGAUUACGGCUCCUCUAACCCUAAACUUCUAAACCCAACCCACCUAAUAUCUUCUAUUUCUAUAGAUACAACGGUAUACUAUGAGGGUGGGAUAAGUAUCAGGCUCUUCUAUAGAAUGGGUCACCUAUCGCUCUCACGCACCGUGGUAUAGGUACACUUACUACUGAUGAUAAUGAAUGUUCAUCUUGAAAAGUUUGUUAGUCUGAGCCUGAGGCACUUGAAGAGUGAGAAUUAGAAGCGAAUAGCUAAAUUGAAUAAGAGAGUCACUACGCUGCUCUCCUUUCAGUAUCUCGGUUGUUCUAAGAAGUAGCUACUUGCUGACUUACUUCAGUUUAUCGCAUUGCUCUAAGACGAGUACUUCGCGUCUACUAUGGAGUUUCAGCGCGGUCUUUACUACCCUUAAGGCUAGCCUUUUCUUGGUAUUUUACCGCACUAUAUAGCGUUUGUCUUGACUCAGACAAUGCACCAGACUUCUUAACAAUAAAAACUUGAAUUUCAUAUUAAUUUUCUCACUUGACGUUUCUUGCGUUUGAAGGUGUUCUAUCUCCCCGUUAAGUCUGGCGCAUUUUUCCACCCCUGAGGCUCAGACUCAGAGAGUCAAGACAAACUGGAACAGAAAGAGAAACGCGACUAAAUAAAGGCUAUAAAGCCUACCUCUAACGGGCGCGCUGCAAGGCGAACGAAAUCGAGCACAAGACGGCUCAAAAUGUCAUAUCCGAAGCGAUCAGGAACGCUAGGAAUUGCCGAAGCAACUUUAUGCAAUUAUAGUCGUACUCUUGAGUGAUUUUCUUGACUUUAUUUACCUCAAGUACUAAUAUCAUAAUCAUUCAUGUAUAUGUAUAUGAAUAUCAAGGACUUCUCUGGAGCGCUGCUUUUACAUACAUGACGUUUUUUGCCUUGAAGUGAAGAUGCUCAUGGUCAUGCUCUUGCUCUAUCUUUGACGGUAAGCUCGAGGAUAUAUGAGCCAGGGCUUGGGGCUACGGCACCCCUCCUAGCGUAGGGGAGGGGGUACCGUAGCCCCGGACCCCUUUUGGAGGCGUCUGCCGGGGGUGGAAGGCCUCAAAAGGGGGCCAAGUGGCCGCCUCCGCUCCCUUCAAGGUGCUUGGCUGUCCCCUAGAUGCCUCCGACGUAGGUGGAAGCCCUCAAGAGGGGCCCAAGGGGCCGCCCCCGUUUCCUUCCAGGUGCCUGGCUGUCCCCUAGAGGCCUCCGACGUAGGUGGAGGGCCUCAAAAGGGGCCCAGCCAAGGGACCGCCUGCGCCCCCGUCCAGGUGCCUGCUUUUGCCCUAAGUGGCCCCGAUAUGCUUCGCCGCCGCAGCAGUGCGCUGGUAGUGGAAGGCCUCCGAAGGCGGCAAAAGGUGAGGGGCACGGGGCUGGGCCCCCUCUUGCGCCGUGCAGCUUGUACCCUCCGGGCCCUUGGUCAUCGGCUUGCUUGGUCUGCAAGCCGUGGCCGCCCCCGGCGGCCUUUUACCCCGAAGACCUCCCGCCUGUGAGGGUCAGCAGAGGCCAGGAGGUUCCUUAGGAACCCGCGGAGAGGCGCAAGGGACCGCCUGCGCCAAGUUUUGAAGCCUUUCACCACUAGAGCCCGCGAAAAUCACCGCGAAAAAGCGCGCGCGCGCCACCACAGACCCGACCACAGGGGGGGCGCCGUCCAGCCCUACAACACAUAUCACAUUCUGAAUAGUUCUAAGUAGCUCGCAUCUGUGGCCCUCGGGCACUUUAAAAUGGACUAUAGCUCACGGCUGUCGCUCUACAACAGGCUUCUUUGACGGUAAGUUUGAGAAUAGAAGUCCUAGGAUAACAUCUCUCUUAGGUUAUACAUCAUAGCUAAUGACGUUGUUGGGCUGUACGUUAAUAUAGCUCAUUUUUACCUUGCUCGGUUAGAGCAGCUACGUCUGUCGCACUUAAUUCUCAGUAGCCUUUCUGCAGCAAAUGAGGUUCUUCUUGUGAUGCAAAUGCAACAGAAGUUACUGAGCCUCUACCUCUUGGAAAAGUCUACGCUAAUCUGCACACUGUAGACGAAAACUCGAGUCCGGUAGUUAAGGCUAGCCAGUCACUAGCACCAUUUAGUGCCGUGAGGAGAGAGGAGGCGUCCUGCUGACUAGAAUCCCCGUAGAAGAACCUACCUUGGAGGUGGGGGAAAGGAAACGUACCAAGGGGAAAGGGAGACAACACAAAGCGCAACAGCCCCACUUGUGACCAACUAGAAUCUAUCCUAGGUAGGAUAAUAAUUCUCUAAGUUUUAAUACUAGUAAAGCUUUUAGUGUAAACAUAAAGGCUUUAAGAAGUACCUCUUUUCCCCUUUCUCCUCGACACGGAUAAGGAAUGACCACCAGACCCCGGAUAGUGAUUGGCAAAGCCUGCUCCUCUAAGGUAGUGAAAGCUUUCCGAGAGUUGAUGAAGAUGCAUAACAUCAGUGCGCCCAUCGCAGAUCCUAGACAUCUUUUUUUACGCCAAGACGACCACUGCGACUGGAUUGGUGUUGUAAUCUUAUGUUGGAACUGCAACUAUGUAUAUGUACUACAGAUAGGAAGAGAAUUUAUAUAAUAGUUGUAAUACAUGGCGUUUUACUUUUUUUAUUUUUUUCAAGAUCGCGCCAGGUGCGAGCUUCAGCGUUAAAACUAUACAGUUACGAUUGGUAUGUCUAUGUGAUCCAAUUCUGCGCGCGACAUCAACAAGUAAAUUACGAGCUUUGAUGUUGGUUCUACUCAUUUUUCAUCCUGAUCCCCUCUAAUACCAAUGGGUCACCCAGAUCUGUGCACAAAAUUCCGGAACCAUUGGAAAAUCAAGCAGGAGAACGUGGUAAAGGUCAUUAUGGGUAGGCUAAAGGUGUUCCUGUUGCCGUUCGUUUUGAUGCCUCUCCCAAGGGAGAAGGGAAGAACGAACGGGGUAAACGAACACCAAAAGCUUACCGCUAAGACCAGAAGGAGACACGGACUGGACAACUGUCGCGACGCGGACAAAAAGGCAGCAGCGGAUUAGGGCAAGUAAAUAGUGGAACCCUUACCGUGUAAGUAAGCAAGGAAAUAAUUCGAAACCUUCAAAUAAGCAGGUACUCAAAUUCGAGAUGUUGAAUAGCUCGAGUAAAUUCAGGUAAAAACAGCUCUUUUUAGUACUAGCUCAAAUAAAUUAUGAUUAAGUUAACAGCGCGAUCUCAUGUUCAAGUUGUAAGAUAAGGUUAAGGUUCGAAAAAGUUAACAGCCUUCUUUGGAGAUCACUUUAGUCGGUUAGGGCUUCGGUUAAGGAUAGGUUAUAGGGUUGUUUGGAGAUCACUUUACUUCGUUAGGGCUUCGGUUAAGGAUAGGUCAUAGGGUCACCCUACUCCUGCUCUAAAAAGGAGUUUUAUUGAACUCGAGUAAGAUAAAUAAAACAAAUUCGACGCUGAGCAAUACAACCGCGAGGACGUGGAAUUUCACGUUGAGCAAUAAAGCAAACUAGACGCUGAGCAAAAAAACCGCGAGGACGGGGAAUUUCACGUUGAGCAAUAGAACAAAUUCGACGCUGAGCAAAAAAACCGCGAGGACGGGGAAUUUCACGUUGAGCAAUAGAACAAGUUCAACGCGGAGAUAAAGAUGAUAAACAUCUAACAAAGUAACAGCACCUAUUCUUCACCAGGUAAUGAAGGCCAAGAGUUGAAAAACAUUAAACAGCUAGCAAACAGCACCUUUUCUCCACCACCAGACAAUGAAUUCUACUACUUAUCAAAUAGCAAGACUGGAUAGUCUACUGGUGCUACCCAAGAACCGAUAAUGAAUCUACUACGCUACAACAGCACAAGAUUAAAGAACAACUGAAAUAGUACUUACAACAAAUUACUCAGAACGUGGACGUGAUGCUUCAAGAACUUACGCCUUCUUUUAUUUCCAAUCUGUUGUCUUGUCCUUGAUAAUGUAAUGAGCUGUCAAGAGCAU